UAUAUAUAAAAAGCCACAUUUUUCUCUUGGCAUAAUCGUCAGUUUAUAAGCCAUAUUAACAACCAAUAGAAAUAGGUUAAACAAUAUGAAGACAAUUUUAAUUACACUUUUCCUUUUUACUAUUUUCGUUAGUACAAUUAGUGUUCCAGUAAGCGAAAUUCUAGGUGAUAUUUCCAUAGAUGUAAAUAAUCAAAUUGAACAUCACAGAGUUAAACGGUUAACUUGUGAUAUACUGAGCGUUGAAGGCAAAGGAUUCAAACUGAACGAUGCUGCUUGUGCAGCAGGAUGUCUAUUAAAGCUUAAACGUGGAGGAUGGUGCGACGAAAGAAGAGUAUGCAAUUGCAGAUAGACGUUCCAAAGAAGCCAUAAAUAAUUAUAUACCAAUUUAUAAAAACAAAUGUAUACUUUGAUUUGCAUUAUACUUCCAAAAAAAUAUCUUUAAAUAUAUAAUAUAAUACAACAUAUUUUUUUA